AAAUGUGAGUGAGUUACACCGUUGGGAGGACUUGAAUAUCUAGGUGUAGCAGAGCAUGCACAGCUCCGGCCCGGUCCUUCCCUGAGAGAGGGAGGGAGAGAGAGAGAGGCCAUGCGACCCUAAUUAUUGGUCAUGGCGGAGUCAGCUGUCGUUCAUGGGUUCCUAUCCCACGCCACGUUGCCUCCACUCUCCCCUACAUAUACAGCACCACCUCCCUCCACCUCCUCUACAUCUCCCUCCCUCGUAGUAACUCGAGUCUGCACGGCCCUCGCCAUUACCACUUGAGAGCGCGUGGCAUUCCACAGGGACGGGGGUACGUGGUGCUCUCUUCGCGCGCAUGGCUGCGAGCGAGCAGAGCUCCGAGUCCUCGUCGACGACGACGACGUCGUCCUACGCAUCCUCCUACUCCACGUCCUCGUGCUCGCCCAGGGCCGACGACAACAAGAAGCAGAGCGGCGGCGGCAGCAAGCGUAAGCGCGCGGCGGCCGACGAGGAGCCGGCCCCGGCGGCGGCGGCGGCGUCGUCGUCGUCGUACCGCGGCGUGCGGAUGCGGGCGUGGGGCAAGUGGGUGUCGGAGAUCAGGGAGCCGCGCAAGAAGUCGCGCAUCUGGCUCGGCACCUUCCCGUGCCCGGAGAUGGCCGCGCGCGCGCACGACGCCGCCGCGCUCAGCAUCAAGGGCGCCCGCGCCGUGCUCAACUUCCCGGACCUCGCGCCCGCGCUCCCCCGCCCGGCCUCCCUCGCCCCGUGCGACGUCCAGGCCGCCGCCGCGCGCGCCGCCCUCAUGCACGACCACGACCACGACCACCAGUGCUGCUCCCCUUCUUCAACCUCCCCCGCCGCCGCCGCCGCUCCCGCCGCCGCGCGCGGCAAUGCCCCGGCGGCAAGCGACCAGCCGGCCGCGCGAGACGAGCCGCCGUUCCAGCCCAGCCAGGGAGACGAGCAGCAGCUCACGGCUGCACAGGUGGAGAUGGUGUUCGACGAGCUGGCGCCGCUGUGGGUGGACGACGUGGUGGAUUUCGCGCCGUCCGAUCACUGCUGGACGGCGUACGAUUGCCUCGACCCAAUCGGAUUCCAGCCUCUCCUGUGGGAGUAUUAGGCUGGUGCUGCCUGUAAACACUUGGUUUCCCUUCUUCUUCUUUUCUUGGUUUUGUGUGGUUUUCUGGUGCUGCUUUAAAAUGAAGCACGUUUUCUUCUACCUUUAAUCUGGUUUGCGCAUGUUAAUUUGGGUUGGGACUACUUGUAAGUUGAGAUGUUAGCUUAGACGAUGUGAGUUGAGCUUGAAAUUGAACACAAGAAUCCAACGUGUACAUGAUGUGAA